AGCACUCGAAAUUCAAAAAUAAGAAACAGAGCCUCUGUUUUUUUUGUUUGCCUGUGUGCAUGUACUUCAACUUGAAACUCAGAAAUCAAAUCACUCGUAAACCAGGAAAAAUGGCAACAAACUCACUUCAAAACGAUCUAUUAUUCUCUUCACUAGUUUCAGAUAUCAAAUCUUACAAUGGCAAAGACCCUCUUCUUCCUUGGCUCCGCGGGAUUAAAAAGAUGAAGGAUGUUUUGCCUUCAAAUGUGUUAAAAGAAAAGUUACCUCGUUUUCUGCAGAAAUGUACACAGACUUUUGAGUCUGAUCGUCGUUAUAGAAACGAUUUGCGUUAUCUUCGUGUUUGGUUGCAGCUGAUGGAUUAUGUAGAUGAACCGAGAAUGUUACUGAGGGCAAUGGAAAUGAAUUCCAUAGGAGUAAAGAGAUCAUUGUUCUACCAGGCGUAUGCCCUUUACUAUGAGAAGAUUAAGAAAUUCGAGGAGGCAGAGAAGAUGUACCAUUUAGGUGUGCAGAACCUUGCAGAGCCUAUUGAUGAAUUACAGAACUCAUAUGAACAGUUCCUUAAUCGUGUGGAAAGACACAAGAAGAAGAAAAUCCAGCGCCAGGAACUUAGGACUGGCAGAAUACCUCUUUCAGCCCGCAAGACUGAAGAAAACAAUGAGAAUGCAUGCAACAUUGAGGAUAUGCCUAAAGGGAUACUAGUCAGAAGCUCUCAGAAAACGAAGCUGCAGAAGGAAUCUACAGGGGUUUUGGCAAAUUCAUGUAAAGCUGAAAUUGUUGGUGAUUUGUCCAUGAAGGAUCAACUGCCUACAGGAAUAGAGUCAGGGAAAUCCAGGAUGUUUCAUAGUGAUGACACGGUAGUGGUGAAGUUUGUAGAUAUUGCCAUAGUUGGAAAGUCUGAAGCAGAAGAUGCUUGUCAUCAUGGACUGGUGGAUCCAACUAUAAAUAUGAAGGAAGCCAUGAAUGCUAUCAAUAGCAUGUUUCGAGAGCCUAUAGAGACUGCUCAAAUUAUUAGAAGAAGAAGUCAACCUAAAGAAAAUAAUUUGGACAGUGGGUUCAAUGUCUUUAUUGACGAAAAUCUGAAUAAUGGAACUGAAUCGUCACAUCAAAAAGAAGAACCAUUUCAGAUAUUCAUUGAUGACGAAGAAAAUGGCGAGAAUGCAUACACAAAUGAUGAGAAUGAGCACGUAGAGCAGAGCGAGACUCAAAAUCUGGCAGAAGGCUCUCACUCUUCUGAACAUCCCAAAUUGAAUGCUUUUGUGUUCCCAUGUCCAAAAGACCCAUCAUCUGAAAAUUCUGAUGAUAUUCAUGCAGAGAGGUCACCCCGAGUAAAGCUUAGAGAAGAUACAGUUGUUCACAGGUUUGUUGGGUCUACCAUCUUAGAUGAACCAGCAGUAGAAAAUGUUUGCCACCAUGGAUUAGUAGACCCUACAAUCAACUUGAAGGAGGCUAUGGAUGAUAUAAAUAACAUGUUUGGGAAGCCAAUAGAUUUUGUAAGGAAGAAGAGAGCAAAGAAGCAGGAAAAAGCACCAGUUACGAAGCAAGAAUUUGGUGGUUUUGCAAUACUUCCAGACGAUGAUUUUGAGCAACGAAAAGGUCCACCGCCGCCAAAGUCAUCUGGUGCAAGAGAUACAGACUUGUUUGAGCCCACUGUAUUCACCAAACAAGCAAUGGAUGACAUAAAUAAGAUGUUCGGAAUGCCAUUGGAUUUUUAGGAAUAACUUGUAAUUUGUGUUGCAGGAGAGUUCAUUUCACUGCAGAAUGAAGAACUUAUAAUUUUCUAUUUGUUGUGAUAUUCAAAAUGCUAUUUUGAUCA